UGUACCAGCUGCAUCCAAACGAUUUUUCCACUGGAUGCACCGGCUGGCACUGACAAACACAGCUCGUGUGCGUGUGUGUAUAUAUACAUAUUUUUGUGGUGCAUUGGGGCGGAGCGCAAAUUCGUGAACGGCUCAUUAAAAUCGCCAUGUCCGAUAUCGACAUCGUCCAGCCAUUGUGGGAUUUGAGCACCUUUACUGGACGACUGAAGCACUAUUUCUGGAUAACUGACCCGCGCACGUGUUUUGCAACCGAUGAAGAGCUCGAUCGCGCGAAAGAGUUGUAUUUAACCGUGAAAGCUGGUACCAUACCUCAGAAUACAACCAUCGAUCAGAUACAUUAUGCGAAAAAGUUGUACGAAAGCGCCUUCCACCCGGAUAGUGGCGAGAAGCAGAAUGUGUUCGGUCGGAUGAGUUUUCAGAUGCCGGGUGGUAUGGCCAUUACCGGUGCCAUGUUGCAGUGGUACAAAACGACCACCGGUGUAGUUUUCUGGCAGUGGGUUAAUCAGUCAUUUAAUGCGCUCGUCAACUACACGAAUCGUAACGCAAAUUCAUCCCUCUCAACCACACAACUAGCGGUGGCGUACGUAUCCGCUACAACGUCCGCCCUGGUGGCUGCGGUCGGCUACAAAGCUUAUCUGCAAAAGCGUGCCACCCCACUUUUCCAGCGUUACGUUCCAUUUGUGGCGGUAGCGGCGGCCAACUGCAUCAACAUACCUCUCAUGCGCCAGAACGAACUCAUUCAUGGCAUUGGCAUCGAGGACGAGAAUGGUAAUGUGGUGGGAUCGAGCAGGUUAGCCGCUGGCAAAGGCAUUGCACAGGUAAUAUUUUCUCGCAUUGCCAUGUGCGCUCCGGGAAUGCUGAUUUUGCCCAUCAUCAUGGAACGGUUGGAGCAAUACCAAUCAUUCCGCCGUAUGGCCGUACUACACGCACCAUUCCAGGUUUUGGUCGUUGGUUGCUUCUUAACGGUAAUGGUACCGACGGCAUGUGCACUGUUCCCACAGAAAGCUGAACUAAGCACGAGCGUGAUGAAGCUGGUCGAGCCACAGUUCUACGAGGAAAUGAGCAAGAAAACGGAUCGCAUACCUGAGCUUGUGUACUUUAACAAGGGACUGUAAAGCAAAGCCAUCUGCCGUCCCGCUGGCCACCAGCAGCUUCAAACACUGCAAAACAGGAAGCCCAAGCUAGUCGACAGUGUCGAAUGCAUCGUACCCAGUGCAGGAUACAAUAAACUUAUAAUCUCCUGGUAGAUCGUUAAACUGGA